CAAACUGUUUUUUUCUACCUUGGGUACGCGCACGUCACUGUGUACGCGCAUUACGUUCUGCAGACACGCGCAAUGAUAGCCGGAAGCAUCGAUGGGAGGAAAAUAAAAAUCGAUAAAAGCCAGUGUAAUUCGCGAGUGUAAAAAAACCCUCCUACUUGCUGUCCUGUCUCUGACCACAGACUCGAGUUCCUGCGUGUUUUUAUCUCACCGCCGUGCCGGAGGGGACGACAGACGGCAGAAAACCCGCUCCGUUUGUACGAAGUUGCUCGGUGGGGGUUUAUAGCUGACGUGUGGAGAAGUUGAGACUGCUGGAGCGCAGAUAAACAAACAUAAACAAGCAGGGGUCAGUUGAGAGCCUGUUCGAACCGAACCAGUAGCUCGGGGAGAUGGCGGGGACAGCCAAACCCCGGUUUUGAGCCCGGGAAUGAUCCGCGGGAGACGGUGACUUCCACUGAGACUUGCUUCUUCAUGUCAACUGUCAACACUGGCAACACAAAAGAAUUUGGAAAACACGAGGAGCAGCCACAGGCUUUCGGAGGAAAUCCACUGCUCCACUUAUUGUUGUCCACACACAGCGACGUUAGCAUGGCCAGCCAAUGAGUUCACCUUUCAGGUUUCAGCUGGGAGCAAACGAAAACGUAUAGUUCAAGGCAGAGGUUUGCUGAUCUGUGGCCCCUGGGUGUCACAAGUGGAAUGAACAUGGCCCAACAGGCAACCCCUAGUUCUCAGAAGGCCCUGAUGAUGGAGCUGAAGUCCCUGCAGGAGCAGCCGGUGGAGGGCUUCCGCAUCACCCUAGUUGAGGAGUCUGACCUCUACAACUGGGAAGUGGCCAUCUUCGGACCGCCCAAUACUCUGUAUGAAGGAGGCUACUUCAAGGCUCACAUCAAGUUCCCAGUUGACUACCCAUACUCCCCUCCUACGUUUCGCUUCCUCACCAAAAUGUGGCACCCAAAUAUUUACGAGAACGGAGAUGUGUGCAUCUCCAUUUUGCACCCCCCGGUCGACGACCCCCAGAGCGGGGAGCUGCCGUCUGAGAGGUGGAACCCCACCCAGAACGUCAGGACCAUCCUGCUCAGUGUGAUCUCUCUGCUCAACGAGCCCAACACCUUCUCUCCAGCCAAUGUAGACGCCUCGGUCAUGUUUCGCAAAUGGAGGGACAGCAAAGGCAAAGAUAAAGAGUAUGCAGAGAUUAUAAGGAAGCAGGUGUUGUCAACGGCGGCGGAGGCUGAGCGGGACGGCGUGAAGGUGCCGACCACGCUGGACGAGUACUGCGUUCAGACCCGGGUCCCCUCUCAGGACAGCAGCUCCGACCUGCUCUACGACGACCUCUACGACGACGACAUGGAGGAGGAGGACGAGGACGAAGACGAGAGCGAGAUGGAGUCCGUGGGCGAGGCCGGGGCCAUCAGCUGCCUGGAGGACGGUGGGACAUCCACCAGGCACUAUGACAACCAGGACGACUCUGGCAACGAAGACUCAUGAUGAUCUGGACGAUAAAUCCUCCCUGCCAAUGUAGUCCUGCGGUCGUCCUUCAUUUUUCAGAGUACGCGGGUGUGUGUGUGUGUGUGUGCGCGUGCAUGUGUUUGCACAAACAGUGGGGUCAAAAGUCUACUGCCAAAACGUUUAAUCAUUUGUUAAACCGAUACAAGUUUGAUUGAGUCAAUGUUUUCACACGCUGUCAAAAGAAAAAAAAAAAGAAACAAUAACUUUGCAACAGAUGUUUGUUGGCGCUAUUUCCACUUAAAGUCAGAGUUUGGUGUUCUCACCGUUUGCCUUAACAACACCUUGCACUCUGUCUAAUGUUUAGCAAAGUUUGAGUAAAGAAAUUAUUCCAGCCCAGUAUAGGAAAUUCUUAAAAAUAUUACUAAAACUCAAUAUUUUAGAUUUAUCAAGCAUUCAGUCAUGUUUCAUCCUCCGUCUCAGCAUGCAAACGUCAAACUAGACGACCGUCCUCUUGAAUAUUUGCAUCACCAAUCUGGUUUAAUUUCCAUGCUAUACCAGUUCCUGUCGUAUUUUUAUUACUCUCACAAAACUUUGAUUACUCUUCAUCCUUGCUUUGUCCCUUCGCUUUGGCUCUUCAGUGCUGGCACAGUUCAGUCUGCUUCAUGGAUGCCCUCUGCAGUCUGACUGGCCCAGGUUUGAAAUGACAAAAGAAACUUUGUGCGAUCUUUGUCUUGACAAUGCCACUAUUGUCGAAAAACUAAUAAAGAGGUUUAUUUUAGUAUAUGAGUACUUCAUCAGUGGAAAGGUACUCAUUAAAAAAAAUGAAACACAGCGGUGUCUUUUGAGUUUGACAAGUUGUUGGCGCUGAUAAUUGACGACAAGAAGUUGCAUUAUCUGGCUGGAGUUGAGAGAGAUUGGAUCCAUGGUGUGUUUUCUUGCAGCUGUUUUCCCAUUUACCUAGUUGAGACUGUGUGUUCUCCGACUUGUGUCUUAUAUUUCCUGCUGCGUCUCAGACAGUCUGGUGAGGGGAAAUCUUGGCCCUUUGGCUCAUUAGACGAUCAGUGAGCUGGCCAGCUUGUCCGCUCAACUCUCGCGUAGGACGACUCUGUCUCUCAAAGUUCUCAGUUUGACUUCCACUUGAUUGUCUUCCAGUGUUUUGGAAAAUUGUCCAUACUCCAUCGCCGAUACCACACUGCAACCAUAAACUCCAGUAAUAUAUUGGGAUUUAAAAUGAUGGAGCAAAACAGUGCAGAGUUAUCUUGCAAAGAAUCUUAACCGGACUUAUGUCUGAACUUUGUCUGGGCCAUUUGAAUACGUGUAUUUAAUGGAUGCAAAGUGGGGGUUUUUUUGUUUGUAAAAAAAAAAAAAAGAGUUUCAAGGGGUGGUGAAUACUUUUUGCAAGGUAUUGAAACUCAAUUUCUCUGUCGUAUCUCAGCCAUUCGAGCUUCAGGGUCUCAGUCGGCUUUCACUUCUAAGAGAAAAGACGGAACCAAACGACUCCUCUCUACGUUCUUUUCUUGCUCAUUACCAGACCACAUUGCUCUGUUAUCCUCUGAUGUGAGAGUUCACACAAACCUCCGAAUGUUGCGUUCGGUCCAGGAUGGGGUGCUUUGUCUUGGGUUUUCUUCUUGCUUAGUUAAUCAGAAUUACUCUAGAGGGACUUCUCCUUUCGACAAGCCAGACAUUGAGAUGCAGUUGAUGACAAGAAGUAAAAAAAUAAUAAUAAUUUUUUGCUGUGUGACUCAAACUUGUGCUUUGAUGCUGCUUCAUUAGAAUUGAAAAUGUAUUUCUGUUUAAAUAGCAGAAAAAAAAAUCAUUUAAAUAAGACACUUAUUGCCUGUUACCUGUUUGUGUGUGUGUGUGUGUGUGUGUGUGUGGGUGUGUGUGUGUGUGUGUGUGUGAGAGCAUUUACUUUUAGCUUUUUUUUUUUUUUUUGUUCUUUACGAUGUCAAGUUUUUUAUCUUCACCCAAACGUCCCUCCAUUGGAAUACAGUCAGACUCUCGUCACCUGAGCGAUGAAUGAAACUUCCAGCUCGAGAGAGAGAGGACUCGUCUCUUAUUUCCUUGCUUUUCUGCCAGCCUGGAUUGGCUGGAGAUUCGAGGGACUAAGAAAAACAACAGACCUUCUUAGUAUUGAGCUUUUCGAACAUGCUGAACAGCACAAGGUGACUGACAUAAAACACACGAAUCUCACACAAUCUUUACGUUCUAAGAAUCUCUCGUCCCGUUGAGCGCUCAUUUCAAACGGAUGGAUUUUUACGCCACGGACACAAAAAAAACCCCACAUGAGGUCUCACCUGAAAAGCAUGCUUUUGUUUUUUGUUUUUUUUUAGCUACAUCUAUUAUAGGAUACCCAUUGGAUUUUAAUGUGAAGCUGAAGGAGUGAAAGCUUUUUCUCCUGGUCCUGUUCUUUGGGGGGGCCACAGAAAGCGAGGAAGACUCUGGAAAUGGACCUGUAACAUAAUUUGGAAAGAUGCCCACAGAUCUCUGGUUGUCACUAAAUAUUGCCUACUUUUGCCACUCGCUCCCAAUCAUGCACAAACAUAAACCCCUGCUAACGAUUUAAAAGCAACAACUUUGUAUAUCUCCAAGAUGAAUUGUUUAACAUGUUGUGAUGUGCACAGGAUCAGCUAUAAUAUUAUGAAGUGAAAAUCAUCUUAGCCAUUCGGAUCCCUUUUUAGGCAGUAAUUAAUUUCUUUUACAUUGAAAGAGUGAUUUUAAGUGGGUUUAAUUGGACUGCUGGGUCAUAUCAUCUCCACUAAAGAGUUAAGAGACGCGGCUAUCAGGUUUUCGCUGGCCAAAACUAAUUUCUAGUUUUCAUUUCGUUCAGACCUGCCAAAUCCAAAUUUUUAUUUUAUGUCUAAGCAUUAUAAGUACAGAUGGAACGAUGAGGCUUAACAACUUCUGGAUUUCUAUAAGGACCGCUCUGCCAAUUCAAAUUUUGACAGAUUCCACGUUUUUUGUUUUGUUUUUCCCCCAACAAACUAUAACAUAAAACAAAAAAAAAACAAAAUUGUGCAGGUAUUAUGAUGUCAGUUAUAGUUUUGAGUCCAACAUAAAAAAUAAGAUGUUCCACUAUCAUCCCUAGUUAUGCAUCUGAAAAUGUUCUUAAUCUUAAUGUGUUUUCUAACCUUGCAAAUAUAACAGCCACUCAAAUGUAAAUUUAAGUGAAAAAUUAAAACUAACAUGCAUCUACCAAAAAACCGGAAAACAUGCUGCAAAUUCAUUGAUAGCGCUUGUAGCUUUGAAUCCAACAAAAAAUGAAAAAAUUACUAUUGUUGUUCAUCAUACAUUUUGUGUCUUUAUCACGUUCAGUGUGGAAUGAAUGGUCGAAAUGUUUUGGCUUAUCAGUGAUUCUGAGGUUUUGCUGCUGAGUUUAAAUUCAUUUUUAAAAAAGGGUAAACAACUGUCUGGAUUUGCAGGUCUGAUAUCAAUUGUCUAAAACCUAGAAGAUAGACGUUCCUGCAUCAUGAUCCACAACCUUUACAAGCCCACAGAACUUUCCGGAGCUUUUCUGUGCCUCCUUCCAACAUAAAAAUGUGCUCAUUAGAGAAAGUGACAUUUCUUCGCUGCUAAGUAGUACAACUGAAUGUACAGGACAGAAGUUACCACUUCCUGGAAAAUCCCCUUAAUCCACUGAAAAACACGCUCGUGAAAUCCAAGAAGUGAUAAAAAUAAUGAAUUAUCAAUUUCUAGCGUCCAAACUUUAAAACCUAAAUCCAAGUUACCAUGGCAAAGAAAAUGGGGAAACCUCAUUAGCUCUAGCUGUUUGCUGGUUAGCUUAUUUAGCAUUUAGAGGAAAAAAAACAAACAAGUCUGGCUUUGUCCAGCAGUAACAAGGGGCACUAAUGAGUACCUUUGGGGAAAUUAAAACACAACUUGUGCUUUUACUUGGACUCGGUUUCUGUGCUGGACUACACUCUGAGCAGGAGACAUGACCUCAGACAGAAUUAGGCUAAUUGUUCCCCUGAUUCCCGCUUGUGCUAAGCUAGCUAACUUGGUGCGGUCGCUCGUAUAUUUUACCACACAUACCAAAGAGCUGCAUCGGUUUUCUCAAGGAUAUGAAAUAAAUGUCCACAUCUGCUUAAGAGCCAAGUGUCAGUUCCUGGCAAUGCUUCAGAUCUGUGAUUAAAGCCUGGUAGGAGCGACAGCAUCACCCAGUUAUCAACUAAAUGUUGGCGUUGGUUUUUAUAAGGUAGAAUGGAGGAAGACAAGAGCUAUUAAAAACACAAACAACACCAAAUUCCCUACACAUAGCCCCACACAAAAUCUGAAAUAUUUUAAUUAAUUUAAUGCAUGUCUUUUUUUUAAGAGUAAACAAAUCCCCUCCAAAAACUCCACAGUGUCAAUGCUGAAAGACAGACCCAUCCACAAUGUCCAUCCUGUUUUAUUAAAUGUUUUUCUUUCUUCUUUUUUUCUUCUAUUGCAAGGGUGCAGAUUUCACACGAGGUUACCGUUUUUGCAAACCACCUUCAAUGUUGGGUUUAAUUGUAAAAUGAUUUUGCUAUCCCCGCUGAGCCUAAAUAUCAUCAAACAUGAAACAUUGAAGAAAGUAGGUCUUCAGGCUAAAGUUGAAAAAGUAUGCAAGAGUAAAAUUAUUGUGUUCAAGUUGUAAAGUCAUUAAAAAAUAAAUAAAAGUUGGCCUUUGAUCAGUGA